AUGUCAAUCAACGCUGCAACCGCUGGCGCACCGAAGACGCUGGAAGAUCUGAAGAGUCUGUUACAGAAUGAUACCAAAGUGAAGGUCGCGGGUGCUCACUUAUCUCGCCCCUAUGGUAUUUCAGUGGAUGGUGUUCUCCGAGGAAAGUUCAUGUCAAAGGGCAAGUUCCUGAGCGCUGCGUCCUCCGAUGGUUUCGGAUUCUGCAGUGUUGUUUUUGGCUGGGAUAUCCACGAUGCUGCAUACACCAAAGAGCUCCUGAUAUCCAAUCGGGCGAAUGGAUACCGCGACAUACUGGCUCAGAUCGAUUUGUCGACAUUCAGGCGGAUACCUUGGGAGAACAAUGUCCCUUUCGUGCUUGUAUCGUUCUUGGACCCAGAGACCAAGGAACCCAUAUGUGCGUGCCCGAGAGGUUUGUUGAAGAAAACGGCGGACAAGAUUGCUAGUGCGAGCUGGCAGUGCUAUGCAGGCGUUGAAUAUGAGUACUUCCAAUUCAAAGAGACUCCACAGAGCCUUGUGGAUAAGAAGUUCACUUCUCUGCAACCUUUGACUCCCGGAAUGCAUGGUUACUCCGUCCUCCGGACGCAGCUCAACAACGAUUACUUUACCGGACUUUACGAUGAAAGCACCAAAUUCGAGAUUGACAUCGAAGGCCACCAUACUGAAACUGGUCCCGGUGUCUACGAGACUGCAUUGGCCUACACUUCCGCUCUUAGGAUGGCCGAUAAUGCGCUCCUGUUCAAGUACUUGGCAAAGAGUGUUGGCAUGAAGCAUGGAAUUACCCCAAGCUUCAUGGCUAAGCCAUGGGGAGACCUCCCAGGAUGCAGUGGUCACAUCCACGUAUCACUACGGAAUCCUGAUGGCAAGAACAUCUUCGGUGUUAGCGAAUCCGAGCUCAAGUCUGGUGGAAGAAGCGAUGCUCCAUACGACGAAUUGAAAUACUUCAGUGAAGCAGGUGAACACUUCCUGGCCGGUGUUCUCGACGGUCUGCCCGAUAUCAUGCCCUGCCUCGUCCCAACGAUCAACGGCUAUAAACGUCUCGUAGGUGGCGAAGCCUUCUGGGCGCCCAACUCCGUCACAUAUGGCUACGAUUCCCGUGCCGCCUCCAUCCGUCUGCUCUCUCCUCCCUCCGUGCCACCCGCCGCCACCCGCCUCGAGAUUCGUGUUCCUGGUGCGGACAUGAACCCCUUCUUCGCAUUGAGCGCUAUCUUCGCUCUUGGCCUAAGGGGAAUGGAGAAGAAAUUGUCGUUGCCUUUGCCACCAAUGUCGCAACUCAAGCCGGAGGAUAGAACGAACGGGACGGUUAAGAUGCUCCCGGUCUCGUUGGAGGCUGCGACAGAGAGGAUGAUGAGGCCCGAGAGCAUCGCUAGGGAAGUCCUUGGGAAUGACUUUGUAGACCACUUUGGUGGUACCAGGAGACAUGAAGUUCAGUUGUGGAACCAGGCUGUAACAAGUUGGGAGGUGGAACGCUACCUUGAGUUGAUAUAG